ACCCGCCUCAUUCACACACAAGCACGGAACCACGCGCGCGCACGUUUACCGGUAGCACUUUUUCGUGACAAUAGAGUACGCUUCCAGGAACAGAUUAGUGUGCGAUUAUUCGUGGCGGCAUACCCCGAGUGCGGUCCGAAAGUGUGUGCAGCGAAGUGGAGCGCAAUAGUGCACGGUAGUUCAGUAGUUGGUGGAAAAAGUGUAGCCAAGCGUUCGGAAACAGUACAAAUCCGGCACUGCUGUGUGUAUGUGAGUGUGUGUGCACGCAGUGAUUGAAGCAAAGAACGGGUAAAACGACGCGCCGGGUGUGUUGAAGCGACGCGUGGUGUGGUAGGAGCUACCCGGGAAAGGGAGGAAGGAUAAAGAAGCGGUUUCUGCGCUAGCGUGUUUGUGUGCGUGUAUGCUCCCGGUGCGUGCGUCCGUGGGUUCACGUGUGUUGCAAACAUCCCAGCAGCCAGCCCGGAAACAAACAUGGAUCUCGGCGGUACGACGAAGACGGCGACGGCGGCCACUCCGGAGUCCACGGUUGUAGUGGAAAAGUCCUGCCCCGUAGCGGAAGUCGCUGAAAAGCCUGCAGCAGCAUCUGGCAAAAAUGGUUCGCUUCCAGACUCGAGCGCAGAUUCAGUGAAAGAUUCAGCUUGUGCUGCUGACUCCUCGCCCGGAAAGACAAACGAAGCGCCCAAGGAGCUGCUGACACCACCAACGCCGCCCAAGAAAGCGUCAGACGAUGCUGAUGCCGUCGCAAAGGCGGGAGAAACGAACAGCAUAGCGGACGCCACAAAAAGUCCCGCAAAACAGCCCGCCGUGCCAAAGUCGACGGAUAGUGGUGGACCUGUCAAGACUGCCGUUGGCCCGCCACCAUGUGCCGACCAGAUGGACGAUAACGAAGAUGACGAACUGCUGAAGCGCAUGGAAGCGAUUGAGAAGGGAGUGGAUUUGGACGCGGUAAAGGAAGCGGCACACCAGAAUGGUAUGCCAGAGAAACGGAUGGAAGUGUCCCAACCGCAACGGGAUGCCGGGAAGGUGAACGAUAGUGCCAAACCGGCCGCCGCAUCGUCCUCUGAGGUAUCUUCGGCUGCCCAGCCGAGCGCACUAAAGAUGGAUGCAGCUGACAGCGCUGUUGCGGCCGAUCCCGUUUCAAAAGUGGCGGAAACGGUCAGUCCGAAUACUAAACGGAAGCUUGCGCCGGGUGAAGAGGCCGCCGGCAAUGAGCCGCAAAUGAAAAAAGUGCACGUUGUGGCCGAUGCGACCGAUGGACCAGAGCCGAGUGUUGCCAAGCCAAGCGUGGAAAGACAAGACGCUCCCGCCAAGCAGCCGAGCGAAAUGUCCACCGAACCGCCAGGACCGUCGGAACCGAACGAGAAGCCACCGUCGGUCGAACAGAUGGAGGUGGAUGAAGCUUCCUCCUCCCCGAAAGAUGUGGAACUGUUGCCCGACACCGAACCGAACACUGAGUCCGAUGCGAUGGACGAAAAGUCGGAAGAAAUCAGCUCGUCGGUAGCGGAAGAGCCCGUGCGCCAGGAGGGCGAUUCCACCGCAAACAAAAACAAAGCAGAACACUCGAACGUGUCCAGCUCGGACGAUAAGGGCGCGGGUGGUGCGACGACCACGACGACGACGACUAGCGAAACUCCAAAACCGGCGGAGAGCAGCGAAGUUUCCGCCUCCGUUCUGCCGACGCCUUCGGGCGAUGAAGCCAUGGAGGUCGAUGAGGACGAAAACGACAUAGCGGAGAGCAGCACGUCCGCCGAUCCGUCUGCUACGGACGCAGUGCCGGUAGCGGAGCCACCGUGUGUCAAAAAGGUCGCGUACCUGUGUGGCGAAGACGAGGAACCGAAGGAGUCCGGUGUCGAUGGGAAGGAUUGUGUGGUUUCGACCGAGAAGCCAACAGCUGCCGCCUCGGCCGCAACAUCCUCGACGCUAGCCGCUUCUACUUCCGGAGCAGCGGCACCGAUGGAGGUGGUGGAUUCGGGAGCGAAAGCAUCAUCCAGCAGUGUUGCAGACGCUAAACCAGCCACUAAACCAGUCACCGACGUCGAGGAGGAUGUAGUGGACAGUAGCAACGUUGCCACCACGGUCACGGAGGAGGAGGAAAAGGUAGUGGUGAAGCGCACAGAAACGCCCACUACUGCAUCAGUGAAGCUGCCGGAAGACAGUGUGGUCGGUAGCUCGCAACCCUCGUCCAGCAGCGAUACGAAGAAACCGGCUUCAACGGAAAAGCGUUUGGACGAGCAGCUGCUGCGUGAAGCGGUUCACCGAAGCGGCUUGAUGGCGGCAAAGGCUACUAGCACGCCGAACCACAGCACUUCGGCAGCUGUCGUCACACCGUCGUCCUCCAAUCCCGCGACCCCGACACAGAAAACGCUGAACCCAGUAACGACAUCCGCCGUCAGUUCGUCGAACGUCUACAGCUCCACGCCGAUUCAUCCUUCGUUCGGGAAGGUAAGCUCGGGCAAUGUGAGCAAAAUCACGAACCCACCAUCGUCGGUCGAAACCAGCAGAAUAGAGGCGGACGAUACUACGACCACGACCACCACCACCUCCUCUUCCUCCCCAUCCGCCGCCGCCACCAGCCGUAACGAGCAGUCGGUAUCGCUGGCGGAGACAGAAACGACGGAAGACAAGAAAGCGGGCGAUUUGACGUCCUCGACGAAAAGUUUGCCUUCCACCACAGAAACAGCAACGACGGGAACAUCGGAUUCAUCGGCGAAGAGCACCAAGAAGGAGCUGCGGCACGAAGACUCCGGCAGCAGUUCCAAGGCUAGCCAGAAAACGGUUAGCGACGUAUCGGAAGUGGACUCAUGCACAGCAGCCUCGGGUAUGAACAGUACGGAAGAAAUCAGCCUGUACGUGAGCAACGCCGGCAAGGUGAAUGGCAUCUCCUCGACCUCAGAAGGCUCGGAUGUGGAUGGUAAGACCGACAUGACCAAAUCAUCGCUCGUGUCCAUCAAGCGGGAGGACGACAGUAAAGCAAGCGUCAGUGCACUGCAGCUGGAUCUGUCCCGUGCCAUAUCGCCCACGACCUCUGUCCAGCAGCAGUACGAAGUGAGCGUAUGGUACGAGGGAAAGGAGCUGCAGUUCAUGUCCGUGGAACGAAUCCACGGCGGCGAGCGGGCAGCCGAUCCGUCAGUAACCGCCGAGACGGUGGCGCACGAUGCGUCCAAUAUCGAUUCCUCUUCAAAGCAAUCCUCGACUACUACCACCAACGGUAGUGUCAGCAGUAUAGGGCCGUUCACGCUGCCGGGAGCGCAGGCGGGGGCUGCUGCGGCGACCAACGUUGGUCAAUCGUCCGACAGUUCCUCGUCGUCGUCUGUUGCCACCGUAACCGGCGGUGCGGCAAAGUCGUCCCACUCCCUCACGGUGCCGCAGAUGAAGCAAACCGUAAUGGGGCCGAAGGCGCUCUGCGAUUUGAUGAUUGACGAGUUCAAGAAGCUGCGGCGAACGUUUGCGCCGGACGAGGAUGUCAGUGAUAAUGAGGAAAGUGCGCACGGUCUGCUGAAGACUCCGAAAACGCCCGCCGUCGGGGGACGAGGCCGCAAAGAAAGUGCAAAGAAGAGUGCUUCCCGUGGUCAGAAGCGUUCGAAGGCGGCCGACAGCGACGACGAUGAGGAUGACGAUGAUGUGCGCACUCCCCGUGCGUCCGGUUCGAAGCAACCGGCAAAGCGCGCGAAGGGCACCGGUGGGCUGGCCGCUUCCUCGAACGAAUCUCCCGUCGCCAGCUCGUCCAGCACGACGCCCAAGUCCAAAUCGGUGCACCAGGAGCCGAAGCAGUUCGACAUCUGCUGCUUGGCCCGGUGGACCGAUCGCAAGUACUACGCCGGCCGGGUGACAAACUACCGCGAGGACAAUAAGUACGUGGUGGUGUUCGAAGAUGGCUGCUCCAAGACGCUGUCCCGGGACAUUAUCGUGUUCGGGGAGGACGGUGUGCUGCCGAUAAAGCACCACUCCAUACACGCGCUGACCGGCGGUGACACGUACGAGCCCGCCAUCGUGGAGGAGAUCAAGCGCAACGAUGCCAAUGAGGUCGUAUACGGUGUGCGAACGGCAUCCAGCACGCUGGAGGUGACGGCCACCGACAUCUACCUGACCGACGAGCAGGCCAAGUGGAUCCACAACGCCUGCAAGGACAAACCGGACCCGAUUCAGAUGCUACGUGCGCAAGCCGCCGGUACGGGCGGCAGUGCCGCAGGCGAGGACGCAACCGGUGGCAACGCAGGGAACGCACCGGAAGGAAACGCAGCCGCGUCCGAGCUGACGGCAGAGUCGGGCGACAAAGGUGCACGUUCCACGCGCAGCAAGCGGGGUGCGAACGAUAAGUCGAUGACACCUGCCACACCGGAAGCGGGCUACUCGGGCGGUGUUGGUAAAAAGGGACGCCGAGGACGAAGGCUUUCAUAAGCGUGUUCUGACAACAAAAUGCGCCCUUCUGUCCAAUCACCGUUCUACACUUUUCAUACAUUUCUCUGUCCUUCCUACCACAAACACACUGAUACUAAAUAGCAUAGCAAUAGUAUACUUACCAACACCACCUCCCAACCAACCACUUCCCCCACUACUAAAACUACCACUAAAAUACUCACCAAAAACUUCAGAAUUCCAUCAACGGAGGGACGGAAUCUUCCGACAUUUUUAAAGCAAUGACGACUGUGGAACGCAAACGAAGCAUACGUGUAGUUCGUAUAUCCCUUUUUCCUUUUGAACCCGGAACGAUGUAUUUUAGUAUAUCAUGAUGUGUGGUGGCCCUGAGGAAAUUUGGGACGCGGAGUGAAAAGGAAUGCUAUUUUGUUUUUCAAUCUUGAAUCAUCAUUAUGAGAGCGUUCUCUCUUGCGCUUGCAAACUGGACACACACCUUCUGUUUCCUGUUCAUACAAACACACACACACUCACACUACUGAUGUGGACCGAUGGAUCCUCGUUCCAUGUGCGUCAUCUUUCCCUCGCGUAGCCCUCCCCGGUUACCACCAGCACAGAACCGUGGGAGAGAGGCAUUUGGUGCUUCUGAGAAGCUAACAGUUAGAACCUCACGCACGAUAUUCGACCUACAGAGAAGCAUCAUUACACACAAAUCAAAUUGUUUGGCAUUCCUAAUCCACUCGACAGCACGACAGCAACGUCUUGGGGCGGAAGUUUACAGCAGACAGUUGAGUAGAAAAAGAGCAAGAGAGAGUGAAAAUGGUGGGUACGAGGCGCACAAGUGCUUGUGCCCUGGCAUGCUUUAGAAUUAUAAGCUUUCCCCAUGCAAAGUUUUGAUUAGCAGCACAUUAGUAGAGCAGCGACAAAGUAAAUGAGCAAAGAAAGAGGGAGAGACAGAGAGACAGAGGCGCAAUCGCGCACAGAAAGAAGGUAAUGUUUUAUGAUUAAGGGGAAGUAGGUGUGUAAGUUAGAGUAGUAAAAUGCAGAUAGCGAUUAGUGUGUAUCGUCGGUGUGCCACAUCAUCCACAAGCUACCUUUAAUCAGUAAUAGCCGUAACAGCAGCAGCAGCAUGUCUGAGAACGUGCGGAACAAUGCUAAAAUGCCCCAUAAUCGCGCAAAUUUCGAAACUAUAUCUACACAGUGCUGUGUAUUUUAAUCAAUCUCGCCAUUAGCUAUUCGGUGUCCACACAUUUUGAUGCUGCAUGUCCUUCCAUGCGCGCGCGCGUCUCUUACAGUUUGAUUUACCCCUUGCGCGCAGAGUUUGUCCUGUAGGCGUAAAAGUGUUGAACUCUCAGAUGCUGCUAUUUUGUAGCGCAAAGGAGUAGGGCGUAGUUUAACAUCGGGAACAUCAUCCUGCAAAGAUAAAUGUUGAAUUAGAGGAGAGGAAAAAUAGUUGCAUUAUAUUUCACUGGUGUCUAAAGCGGUGCAACCUGCAAUAAAAACAAGUCAGUUAGUAGAGAAUGCAAUCGAGUAUUGUAGUGGGAUUUGGUGCUCACUACUGCUACCACCACUACAACUACUACUACUACUACUGCAGCAGCAAGAGGCAAUUGCCCACAUUUUAAAGUGAAGCAGAAAGGGGAAGACUGUAUCUUUUAAUCUCUGUUUGGUUCUUACUAAAUGCCGUACUUUAAAAACAGACAGUACUAUAUAUAGGAGGAUAGGAUGGAAUGAUCGUUACUAGUAACGUACGUUUUUGCUGAUAUACAUAGGCAUCUGAUUUUUGCGCCUCUCCAGUAAUUGGACAACCCCCUCUCCCCCUACCUACUAGUAACGGUAACGAAAAUGUAUUAUGUGUUUCUUCCAUGAAUGUAAUGACUUUUAACCGGGACAUUACUCCAACGCUAGUUUGAUAUAUAUGCGAGGACAUUAAACCCUAGAGUAUCUAGUAAAUAGCAAACAAAACAAAACAAAAAACUAUCAGGCGGACUAAUUUGGCGUAUAAUAUAGAUAUAUACGACUAUAUACGUAUACACAGACACACCUACACCUAUGAAUUUGAUGUAAAAUAAAAGAUUGGAAUAAAAUGUUCUUGUGGCAAGAUAAAAAUAUGGUAAACACGGAGCAAGAGACAAUGAUGAAUGAUCAUCUCAUCCCUUAGGUUUUGCACACAACAGACAACUCAUUAAUUUUGAUACCGUACAGACACAGGCACAGCACCAAAAUAUAAUCCCGUUUUUUUGUCUUGAUCAUCCCUUCUUGGGUGCAUCAUGCCUAAGGAGGAGUGAUCACGGUGCGGUGCAAAACGACAAGAGAUGGACGAAAGUGCAGGAAGAAAGGAUUGAACCUUCCUCUUCUACACACCUCUAUAUCAAACAUUAUGUAAAAACUCACCGGCCCUCGUAAGCAGACUUACACAGAUGUCUGCGGCCAAGCCUCUGUUUUUGCAAUGGAAAUAUCAGAACUAGUUCAUAUGUUAGAAAAUCAUACAGGCGCGCACAAACGCAUAUACAAAUUUAGCGACACGUUUUAGCGAUGAAGAUACAACUAUAAUAAACCACACGAUCCCUUAAAGUAAAGCAUAAAACAAUGGUUCCACGUGAGAAGAAGAGCGCAAACUGUACGCGUGUUGAAUGGCCGGCUAAUCGAAUAAUGCACAUUGAUUCAAAUGAGAAUAAGCAAGGUUUGGAAGAAGUGUGUCUGGUAGUGUAUUAGAGAAAAGGAAGGGGAUAACCGAUAGUGAACACCGAUUUAAAGAGAACAGAGGGAACACGAACCCCCCGAACAUGGAUAAAGAGAAUUGUUCCCACAAACACACAGCCACCCUGCCAUGGGCCGAACAGCCGUGUGAAUGCUGCAACAUUCCGCCGUUGACGUAGAGGAGGAGGAGGUGGUGGUGCAUCGCCUACAGCGUGCCGGAUUGAUGAGAGCUUCAUCCAACCAGCCAAGCAAGCCCCAGCCGUCAACAAGUCGUCGUCAUCCCAGCUUCCAUCGCAUUCGGCAUCACGUCGCGUUCUGACAAUCCGCAACUCGCGGUGCGUAUGAAGAUGCGCAGCGUUGUGUGCAUUGUGCGCCAGAUAUCGAAACACACACACACACGAACUCUGCUGCUCUAGGCUGCCAACUCGCAAAGGUUCUCUAUUAAAACCCGGUUCAAUAAACAAACCACCCAGACAAAAACGGAUGAGAACAAUA